AUAAAAUUUUGAAAAUGGGUGACUACGAAGGUUUUUUUCACAUGAAUAUACUUUGGUUACCGAUCGGUCUGAUCAUUUUAAAAAUAAAUCACGCUUAAUGUAACGCACCACCCAAUUCUUUAAACGACACCGUACCAAACCUCUCUUAUCAGUUAUCACCCACCCACCACAACAUUACUGCCACAAAUUUCAAAAUCCCUAAAAAGCUUUCAAACAAAUAAACUCAGAAAAAAUGGCCGAAACCGAAACGGAGUCGAUCACCACCUCUUCUCCACCGCCGAUCUCAGAAACCGAAAACUCCACCACAUUACCAACAACGGAGACGGAGAAGAAUCCCAAUCCGGUAACCAUUUCCCUCAGAAUCUGGCCACCGACUCAAAAAACUCGCGACGCCGUGAUUAACCGUCUGAUCGAAACACUGUCAACCGAAUCAAUCCUCUCCAAGAGAUUCGGAUCUCUUGAAUCCGAAGAAGCUUCCUCCGUCGCGAAAUCAAUCGAAGACGAAGCUUACGCCAUCGCUUCUGCCACCGUAUUCGGUGAUGACGACGGGAUCGAGAUUCUUAAAGCUUAUUCUAAAGAGAUUAGUAAACGUAUGCUUGAAUCUGUUAAGGCUAAGAGUAAUGUGGCUUCUCCUCCACCGAAGGAUGGUGAUGGAAUUGAAUCAGCUGUUGAUUCGAAGAUUGAUUCAAGUGAAGCUUGACGAGGCUUGAAUAUGGUGUUGUUCUCUUAUCUCUAACUAUCUUUUUAUUUGUUUUAGAUUGGUAUGCGAUUAUCUAUCUCAGAGUUUUGUUUGUUGUAUAACUUGUGGAUUUGGGACCUGUUACUAAUAUGAUUUUGUGGUUGAUUUGGUUUUGACGUUUUAAUUUCCAUGGUAAUUAACUCGUUAAUGGGAUGAUUUCGCUUGCUUAAUCAUGGUAAAAGAAAAUUUUUGGAUAAUUAUCUGUCUUAAUCAUAUGGUAAUUAACUCGUUAACUUGUGAUUUAAUAAACUCUUG